AUGCUGUUCCAAAAUACUUUGCUCUCCAGUAUUAUCCCCCUUCUGGGGUUCUCACUAUCCUGUUAUGGCGAAACAUCGGCAACAGUCACUGCCUCAGCCCCUUCGAAGUGGGUGCACCCAGGGGCGAUGAUCAGUCAAUCUCAACUGGACUUCAUUCGCGAGAAAGUGAAGAAUGGUCAACAACCUUGGAAAGAUGCCUACGCGGCUCUUCUUACUGAUAAAGGGGUCGCAAAUCCGACAGAUCCAUCACCGCAUGUUAUUGUUGAGUGUGGUUCAUACUCAAAUCCCGACGUCGGUUGUACCGUGGAACGUAGUGAUUCGAUCGCCGCGUAUGGAAACGCGUUGGCUUGGGCAAUCAGUGGCUCCACUGCAUACGCUCAGCAGGCUAUCAAAAUUAUGGAUGCGUAUUCAUCGACGAUCCAAGGCCACAAUAACUCCAAUGCCCCGUUGCAGUCUGGAUGGGUUGGCUCGGUGUGGGCGAGGACAGCUGAGCUUGUUCGCUACACAGAUGCAGGAUGGUCAUCCGCCAGCAUCAGCCAGUUCGAGAAAAUGCUUCGUGAUGUCUAUAUGCCGCUCACGGUGAAUGGAACGGACCACAAUGUCGCCAACUGGGAACUUGUCAUGACAGAAGCUGCAAUACUGAUGUCAGUCUUCCUAGAAGACGCUGAAUCGUAUAACACUGCAAUGGGGUGGUUUCUGAAAAGAGUCCCAGCAACAGUCUACAUGACAAGCGAUGGUGAAUAUCCCGUCGCAGCUAGAGGACAAAGCUCCUCUCCCGACGCGAUUAUUGCUUGGUGGUUCAACGAGACCACUUUCCAGCAGAACGGCCAAGCGCAGGAGACAUGCCGUGAUCUUGAGCACACAGGCUACUCAUUUGCAUCCAUGGCACACGUCGCCGAGACUUCCAAAAUUCAAGGAACGGAUCUUUACAAGACAGAUCUAGGGACGCGACUUCGUUAUGGCCUCGAGUUCCAGUCGCAAUUCGUUAACGGAGAGUCAGUACCUUCCUGGCUUUGCGGAGGGAAGCUGAGUCUUACCCUGGGCCCUAUCACUGAAGUUGGAUAUAAUGCUCUCGCAUUCAGAAUGGGUAUCGAUAUGCCUCAGACUGGAAACCUCACGUUCAAACAGAGACCGGCUAAGGAGAAUGGGCUUUUUACGGCGUAUGAGACACUCACACAUGGAAAUAACAGAGCCUAG